UUAAAAGUAUUACGUAGUAAGAUGAAAACUGCAAUGAUGAACUAAUCCAAUUUCGUUUGACUUUGAACGAACUGUUCUGACCGUGUCAUUUGGCAAAAUUUCAAAGACACUUUUCACAGCUGAUUUAUCAUUUCGUUGGUUGAGUUUGCUGACCUAAUUUCUAUGCUGAUCUACACUUGCUAAUGUUUAUUUUUGGAUAUUUGUUGACUGCAUUUUAAUAGUUGGAAAUUAGAACACGAGACUGUCGCACUGUGUCAUUAAACAACUAUAUUCCAGAGCAUUAUUGUGGUGCACCAGAUUGCGAGAAGAAAAAUUGUUUAACGGUACACCCUACUCUGUAAUUUGAGACAUUAUUUAUCUGGCUGUACUCAUUCUCUAGGCUUAAUGCACACAGGCACACAAUAGAUAAAUAGACCAACCUAUUCAAAUUCUGAUUUUAGCAACAUGGAUGAAAGAGAAAAUCCAGAAGAAUAUUCUGGUACUAAGACUUUGGUGGAAGCCAUUACAGAAAAGUUCUGUGAUUCUAGUCUAGAGGAUUGUUGUAAAAUUUAUGUUCCAAAAAGAGGUCCAGCAAAAUUAUCUGAAUCUGGUGAUUUAAUAGCAGCACCAAAAGUUUUGAGUUUAACAGAUCAACAAAUAUCAGCUGCUGGGGAUGUAGAUGAAAUCCAAAGAAUGUGCACAAAUGUUUGUGAACUUGAUCUCACUAAAAAUCAUCUUACUGAUUGGGAAGAGAUUCUAAAGAUUGUAGAAAGAAUUCCCAAUUUAUCAUUUUUAAAUCUGACAGCAAAUGACCUUCAGUCUUCUUUGCAAAUAAAUGAUGAUUUGUGUUUUCCUAAUGUUAAUCAAUUGGUUGUUAAUAAUACUGGUGUGCCCUGGUCUACAGUAGACUCUCUUCUCCAGAUGUUUCCAGAACUGACAGAACUUCAUUUGAGCCUUAAUAAUUAUAAAAACAUAGAGUUUAACUUUAAUCAGCCCUACUCAACCUUAAAAACUCUACAUUUUAAUGGUAAUCAAGUUCAUUCCUAUGAAGAAAUAUGCAAGUUUGGUUAUGUUUUUCCUAAUAUGGAGCGGUUCGUAAUGGCUGAAUGUAAGAUUUGUUCCAUUGAACCAGAAGAGGUCAUACCAAAAGCGUUUCCACGGUUACAGUGUUUAAACUUAAAUCAUACAGCCAUACAAGAUUGGAAGGAACUGGACAAUCUAAGAAAAUUCCCUAAUCUAAGAGAUGUUCGACUCCUGAACAUACCAUGUUUUGAGUCAUUAGAGGAUAAUUUACGUCGUCAACUACAGAUAGCCAGAUUACCUAAUUUAACGCAUCUUAAUGGUAGUCAUAUUCACGAAUCUGAGAGAGAAGAUGCUGAACGAGCUUUCAUAAGAUAUUACAUGGAUCGUGAUGAUAACGAGAAGCCAGACAGAUAUUAUGAACUGGAGGCUGUAUAUGGUAAACUGGACCCAUUGGUGGACCUGGAUUUAAAACCAAAAACACAUUUCGCAGUCAAAGUCAAAUUUGAUGAUAAAGAAAAAUUGGUUAAAGUGGAUAUAAAUCAUACUGUAGGACAAUUUAAAAAGACAUUACAGGAUUUUGUUGGAGUUCCUCCUGCUCGAUUCCGUUUAUUUUUUGUGGAAAAAGACAGCCCUUAUGGCGCUGAUGAGAUGAAAUAUCCCACACGGAAAUUAUUCAUGUAUAAUAUCAGUAACAGUGACGAAUUUCAGAUACUCUUAAAAAGAGGACCGCGUACAAAUUCCGAGUAAUUUAGGUUUGAUGGAUUGUGUGUGGUCAUGGUUUUUAACCAGGUUUUGAAUUCUUGUAAGUCUGCAAAGUUUGUACAUGGCAAGGAUUUUCAUUUCAGUCAUGUUUGAAUUUUCUAGCUAACUGAAAAAAAAGUUAAAAAUUGUGUUAAUAUGAAGAGGCAUUGAGUUUAAAUUGUAGGCCCUGUACAUAUUGUGUAGAUUAUGGUUAAAUCGCAUGAAGCAGCUAAAAGCUCAUAUAUCUUCCAAACACAAGGGCUCUAAAAUUCUAAGUACAUAUGUGCAGUGGCAUGCAGAGAGGGAGUGACAGGUAUCCAUAGCUAACUUAAAAAAAAAGAAGUUAAAAAUUGUACUUAUAUGAAGAGAAAUUGAGUUUAAGUGGUAGGCUCUGUACAUAUUGUGUAAAUUUCACUUGAAUGUUAUAAAGCCGCUAAAAGCUUACAUAACUUCUAAAUGCAAGGGCUACAAAUUCAUAGUACAUGUCAGUCUUUGGUUCACUGAUCUUGCAUGGAUGAUACAUACAGUACACAGUGGCAGAGGAAGCGACAGGUAUCCAUUUCAGGGGUAUACCCAAUCAAAGAGUCAAAUUAAAAUUAAGUUUUUGGAAAUUUGAAAUUUUGCUGUUAACUUCAUUGUACAAGCUGUACUAAUUAAUUUUAAUAAAAAUAUUAUUUCAUCUAUUUUUACAAAUUUGAAAUGUCUUCCUUUCUCACAUUUGUGAGUACUAGGCCCUAUACUUGGGUUUUGGGAGACAUACAAUAAAGGAGUAGUCCUCGGACAUCAGCAACCUCUGCAUGCCAUUAUACAUACUUUUAAAUGUUAGUGUUGCCAAUGUGACAACAAGAAUUUUGUUUUGAACUAGAGGGAGGUGGGUUAUCUGAAAAGGUGCAAUAGACAUAUCGUCAAAAAGGUGGGAGCGGCUAGAACUAGACUGCUAGUGUUGAAUUAGACUGUAAUACAAAAUUAGCUUUUUACCCAUUGACUGUUACUAACUUUAAAGCCACUGAUCAUCAUUUGAAAACUACAAUAUUAAGGAAUAUAAGACAAAAAAUGAGUUAAUUUCAUUGUAAUUUACAAAGAUGAUAUGAAUUGAAAAUUUAGCAAUAUUCUGCAGAUCAUAACAACUAUUGAGCACCACCUAUGUAUUAGUAAUUCUUUUUUGGGCCUCUUUUUAAUCGGGUGGUUUUUUUUACCUUUGAUAGUUUGAUUUUAGUGAUUAAAUGUUAAAUAAUCAAAUUGAAUACAUUUUGACAUGGAUAAAGCCAUGAAAAAUUGGCAAUCAGUGGCUUUAAUAGUUUAAUUUAUAUUACGACCAUUGUGCUUUAACAACAUUAUUUUUUUGGUCCAAUUACAUCAUGCAGCAAUUUUUGUUAUUUUAUUAUAUUUUAAAUGUUUAUUUAUGUCUAUUUUGUAUGUAAGUGUAUUUUCUAUUAAUGUAAACUGUAUCUUUAUACUCAUCUUCAUUGAUUACAAUCAAAAGUCUUUACGAGCACUUUGACAAAUUUUUAAAAAAAAAUUCAAUGGUAGGUUACAUGUUUUUUAUAUGCCCAAUUUUUAUAGGAACUUUUAAUUUUUUCUACCACACAUGUUGUUAGUCAGGGCAUUCAUAUUUGAUCUACGUGUUCUUCAUGGAAGUGUUCAUAAGAAGGAACAGGAACUCUUCUUUCCUAAUAUUUCAACAGCAAAUAACAAGAGUUAUUUAAUUUGAAUAGUUUUAAUAUUGUGAUAUAUUUAAUUGUAUUUAUAUUUAAUAAUUAUAGUUAGUAAUUUAUUAGUGAUUUUAAAUUAUAAGUAGUCCCAUAUUAAUUUGCUUUAUUUUAAGGUUAUAAAGUGGGAUUAUCCCCAAAUAUGGUACAUAUAUUGUCAGUGAUGUCUUAAUGGAACUGCACACAUUGUAAACAAAUAACAUAGGGCAAAUUUUAUGGGAAUUUCAUUAAUUAGUACCAAUGAGUAAGAAUUGAAUGAUUUUGCUAAAUGAUAAUGGCUAUUUGAUCCGCAGAUAAACACAAACAAAUCAUGCAAAAAGAAUUCUAUAUCUUGUUAAAUUCUAAAACUGAAAGCAAUUGUGUGAUUUUAUUUUGUGUGUAAAUAAUUGGCCCCAUCAGUUUGGUAUUGCAUGAGUUUCUGUUGAAGGGUUUAAUGAGAUUUUUGCCUAUAAUGAUAAAUGAAAUUUUUAAAUAUAAAAAAUUACCAAAAAUAUAAUAUUUAUGUGUUAUUGGGGCUUUAUAUGUUAUUUUGUGGCAUUAUAUAUAUUUUAGUAGAUGAUACAUGUUAUGUUGCAUUUUGAAAUAUCUCUUGCCAUUAUUCGCAAUGUAAUGUAAAGUCAAGAUUUAUUUAAGGUUUUCUUUUAUGAAGUUGUCUGUUUAUUAUAUUUGUUAUAUGAAGAAUGAUUGUAAAUAUUGAAUGAUAUGUUGAUAAAUAGUUAGAUAACCAGCAUAUUGGCUGCCUCUCCUUAGCCAGCUACUUUUUAGCUUCCCUAGAUAAGAACUAAGAAUUAGGUAAUUAUUGCCAUGUUGGUACCAUGGCAAUAUUUGAUUGAGCAGAUUAUGUAAUGGUUGUGAUAAUGUUUAGUCUCAAUCACCCAGUGAUAUAAAAUUAUAGCUACAUCUUUAGUUUAUAGGUAUAGCUAAUAAAUAGCAGAUUGAGGAGGUCAGCCAGGGGCUUGAGGUAAAUGUUAUGAAUUAAAAAGUAUUGUUUACAAGAUUACAAUUUAGCCUAAUAUCCAAAAAAAAAUGUAUAGUUAGAAACAAUUGUACGUGUGAUCAUAAAUUUGUUUACAGUUUAUUUUGGUCAUAUCAUUGGAUUCAUCGAAUCAAAACUUCCAAACAUUCUGAAAAUGCUUAUGAGGAGCAUUAGAAUGAAGUUAUAUUUUCAGUGCUAAAAGAUUUGUUUCAAGCCUCUGUGGUUUAUAGGAGAAGUGUGCUCUGUUAUUUAUAUAUUAUAAUUUUUAAAUCCUAUGUAUAUAAGAGUUGUAAAAGAAAGAGAAGAUAAAUAUAUUAUAUACAUUGACUAUAUAUGUAUAAUGAGUUGAAGAAUCGAUAAAAAAAAAAAACUUUGCUUUUAGGCUUAUAUUGAUAAUAUUAGGAUAAAGUUUGUGUGUGUGUGUGACUGUAGUUAGAUGAGGCUAGCAUAGGACUUGCAGUAAAGCAACAUAUCCCCAAAAUAAAUUUUACAUAAUAUCAAUA